CCGGUCUGACGUUUGAAUCCCGGAAGUGGCUGCUCGGUAACCGGUCGUGCUGUUUUUCACUUUGUCAACAAAACGUUUGAUUCUCACGUGAACUUUGUUCGAAUGUUCGCGGAGCGAAGAUCGUGAAGUUUCAAGUUUAACACGCGACUCGUUUGAUUUCACCGCAGCAGCUUCGUGUUGUUUCUGUGAACGACGUGAGGAAACACAGCGACGCCAACAGCAGAACGUCUUCGUUGGCUCCCGGCGUCCCCCACGAUGGCGAAGGCUCAGAAGUUUCAAGACCUGGAGGAGAUGGGGGAGACGUUGUUGGAGUACAUCAGCUCCAGCCAGGCUGACAGACUGAAGCGGCUGAAAGCUGGACAUCAGUCCCUGUUUGACCAGCACGUGGACACGAAGAGGAUUGUGACGCAGAUUCUAAAAGAAGAGGCUCAGAUCGAGGAGAGUGUGAGUCAGAGGCUGCUGGACAUGGAGGAGGAGAAGCAGCAGAGAGACAGGGAGCUGGACAGUCUGGAGGAACAGCUGAGGCAGUGCAUCGCCAAGAGCCAGAUCACUGACUCGGAAUUGCAGUUUCUGAAGGGAGAGCUGGAGAGCGUGAGAAACACUGAACACCAGCUUGAGACUCUUCAGAGCGAAGUGGACGAAGACACCACCGAGGUUAUCCCUUCAGCAGUGUAUGUGGCUCAGGUGUACUACCUAAUAACCAAGAUCAAGUGGGAAUAUGAUGCCCCACCCAACACGUUAAAAGGAGUGCACUAUGGCGCAGACCUGGCAACCCCCAUCAACAUUGACACGUCAGCGCAGUCUCGGAGUAACGUAAGCGACCGGUUGUGGGGCUUUGUCAGCACUAAAUGGUAGACGGAGGAUGGUGGUGUGGUCAGGCACGUUGUGUACACUAUGUGUUUGUGUGUUUGUUGAAUUCUUAUUGUCAGUAUAACAUGUAUAUUGUUUUAAAAGAUUAAAUCUUUCAGACCAAUGG